AUGAACAGUUUUCAAAAACAAAAACAUGUAAAUCUUAUUUUAAGGGUACCGUUGUGCAUCGGAUGCCAUUUUGUCAAUACAGGUUCACUAGAAAUUAAGUUUGCAGUCCCUUCAAGCCCCCCGCCCCCCUAAUUAAAUUCCUAGACUUCUGAAUUUGCUAAAAUUUCAGGAUUAUCUCAAAAAAACAAAAUUCCAGACUUAGUGCGGACAAGAUAAAGUUAUAAACUGCUUUUACCCAGUGAUUAGGGGGCCAGCCAGGUGUAGGCCUUGCAUCCUAGCAUCGGAGCCAACUGUGAGUGAUUGAUUGUGAAGUGAUUAAUCAUUAAAGAAACAUGGCAGUGGUUUCUAACCGACCAGCUGGUCACCCUCCUCCUGGAAUGCCAGAUUACGACGACCUCUGUGAUGACCUGACCUACGAUGAGUUAACCGAUGGCAUGUCAACUUGUAGCGGGUCGGUCAACGACCUGCUAGAUCAGCUAGUCGAGGAAGAUUUCAGAGAUUGUUUGGAUGAAAGUGCUAGUAUUCUGGACGAUCUGUCUAUCCCAGAUGAUACAGAAAUGCCGGGUUUGAAACCGUUCAGUAUGAAGAAAUUUAUGAUGAAUAAGAAUCUGAAUGUGAAUCCUCCAAGUACGGACAGAAUAAAUCCGCAAAAACCGGUUCAUGGAGCACAUGGCGCGCUGAAAAAUGGCGCCGCGGAGAUCAGCCAUACCAAAUAUGGCGGAGGGGCAAUACAAGAAAUAAAACAUGACCAGGGUCCUGGAACUGGUGAUUUCGUCAAAAUGUCCGAGAAUUCUCAAUCUAAAAAUAUCGUCGGAGAAUUUAUGCGAGUUCGAGAAGAGAAGUUCAGUUCUCUGAGUGGAAAAAAUAGCGUUAUUCAAGGAGGAAAAACUAAUUCUACCUCCAACUUUGACGUAGCUGUUACUUCAUUUACACAGCCAAACAAUCAGCAACAACUGAACCAACAGCAACAGCUGUAUAACCAACAGCUGCUGAAGAAGCAACAAUUAUUUCUACAGCAACAGGAGCAGUUAAAUAAUAUUCAUCGGCAACAGCAAGAGCAGAAACAGCAAUUUACCAAUGCCGGAAACAGUUCCAAUAACGGUAGCAUAAAUUCUGCCUAUCUUGUACAAAAAGCUAGUAAUAAUGGAAUAGUAAAUUCAGGCAAUAUUGAAAGCCCAAUUACACCAAAUAGAAAUUCAAGUGUACCUAACAGAAAUUCAAGUGUGUCCAAUGAAAAUUCAAGCAUUUCCAAUGGAAAUUCAAGCCUUUCCAACGGAAAUUCAAGUUUAUCCAACGGAAAUUCCAGUUAUACGGAUAGAUAUCCGCGAAAUUCUUCUGGAGGAAAUAGUUCACAGUACACUAAACUUAAUGGAGAUAGAUCUUCAGUAAACUGUACGGACACUGCUGUGUACUCAAGCAACCCCAGUUCGGCCAGGAGUAGCGUGGAGAGUUUUAUCAAUAAUAAACCUGCAUCUGAAUAUACAGGCUCAGGCCGAACGAAGACCUGCCCUUCACCGAGCUUUGAUGCAAGACACCUGAAAAAUGCCAAGUGGUCCAGUACUGAAGAAAUAAACUAUAAGGAGACUUCAGGUUCCUUCAAGGAUAUUCCAAAGGUUUGGGUUCCCCGGAACCAACCGUCACCUUCCCCGGACUUUAAGCCGGUCAACUUCGAUUCAAACAGUCUGAAGAGGGUCAAACGUAGUGUUUCAUCUGAUAGUGCAUACAACAGCCCUGAUCCUAAGGAUUCCUUUGCCUGGAAGGAUUCAACUUUAGAAAGAAAACUUAAAGAUUUAAAGAAAGGUUCCCUCAGUGACGCUCCUGAGCCGAAAAACAGAGAUAAUGACAACUCUCUUGGGCGAACCUUAGAUAACUGGAAAUCCACUCCUUUGCCUAAGGUUGAGGACCCUGAUGUGCUCCUGUUGAAGAAGGCCAGACAGGAAAAGAAGGUCAAACAGUACUUGGAACAGAACUUUCAGAACAGGAACGAUCUUUUACCUAAGCCUACUGGGACUAGGACAGGUAAGUUUGAUGACUACAGUCCUGAUAGUGAGGUAGGAGCUCUUCAAGCUAAAUACCUGGAUAAGGACGGAGAUAAACCCAGUUCUCCGCCCCACACGCCACCACCUUUUAGCAAGGCUGAAUCUAGAUUUGAACGAGAGCAGAAAAUCAAGGUUGGAUCCUUGGACUCCUUUACUCCAGGCGGUGCUCCCCGAGAACGAAGUUUGAGUCCUCCCCCGUCUGCUAGUUCUGCGCAAGCGCGGUAUGAACGGGAUAGAUUUCGAGUUCAGCCUGGUCGUAUAGAGGACUAUAGGCCUGGUAGAUGCUCAGUUAAUAGUGACAAGAGGACGGACGGAGGUUGCAGCAUUACAAAAUAUUCAUCUUCGCACAGCUUCAAUCCUUUACUGUCUUCUAGAUCAGAGCAUAAUCUUUCUAUCAAUAAGGAAUCUGGUCAACAAUCUGAUAGGCAUAUGCAGAGGAGGAUAAAGGAUGGUUAUGAGAGUGAUUCAACUUUAAGUUACAGAAAACAUAAUUACAAUCCUACUCUUACACCCUCUCCUAAACAAGCAAAACAACUCUAUACACAGGUGCAAAGAGGUGGGGAAGUCCCGAUUAAUGGAUUAAGAAUGUCCGGGAGUGAAAAAGAAACAGAGGUUCUUGAGAAGCAAGAUGAAUCAGAUGAUGAACAGCUUGAAGUUGAUAUUCUUCUCAAAGUAGAAGAAGAGACUGAUGGAGCUGAAACAGAUCCUGGCUACUAUAUCAUAACUGAAGAAAGAUCAACGAACUGCCCAUCAGUAGCUGGAAAUGUAGAGAAAAGGGGAGAGGAACCUCCUGAGAAAAAAGAGGAAGUUUAUUCAAAUCAUCAGAAUGAAGUCCCUAAGGAGAACAUUGAUGAAGACUGCAAGGAGAAGAAUAAGGAUUUUGAGUUAUCUGGUAAAGUCAAGCGAUGGUCAAAGCUUCUGAAAUAUUCUAUGCCCUCAAAAUCAAGUGAAAAGGAGUCACACAAGAAGACUGAAAGCAAGGAAAGGAAGUCAUUGAAGGACAAGAUGAAAGAAAAUGAUUUUGUUGUGUUUCUCACUGAGAGAAGGGCUGUCUCUGAGUCCAGAUUCAAAGUGAUGGAUGCAAUCGGGAACCCGAAUCAUCUGGUGAGAACUAAAUCAGAUCAGAGUUUGAAAGAUGAAUCCUGGAACUCAGGAAUAUCUUCUGGAUCUGUAAAAGACUUGAAAUCCAAGUUUGAAGAUGAAGCACUCAACUUUGAUAUGCAGAUUCAAGAAGAUCCUAGCCCUAAAAUUUUAGAAAAUGCUGAAGAGGGUGUUGAAAAGGUUGAUAAUUCACUUCCUGAACCUGAAAGAUUGAAUGCUGGGAACAAAUCAACUGGUAGCAGUGACAGCAAAAUAAAUGAAUCCAGUCAAGAUUCCUCAAAUGAUGGAAAAAGAGUAAAAAAGGAUGAUCAUGUUGAAACUAAGACGACAAAAAAGGAAAAAAAGGAGAAGAAAGAAAAAAAGAAGCCAUGCACCAUCUGCAAAACUCCCAAAGAGCACAAAGAACACAGAAGAGAAAAGAAAAGGGUGAAACGGGAAAAGGCAGAGAAAGCUGAUAAGGCAGCAGAAAGGGAUUCUAAAAUAGUGUCAACCCCUGAAACAGUAUCUGAAAAUGGAAAAGCAAGUCCUCAUAAGAUUACUGGAGAAAAAUUCUUUCAAAAACUUCUUCUCAGAGAGGAGCUGGAAAAACCAAAAUCUGAAAGGCUGUCAAGGCCCAGAAAACAGAACAAAGAAAAGAAACCAUAUGUAAAAUCCUCCCAGCCAACUUUAGGGGUCUUUUUGAAAGGAAAACAGCCAGUUUCAGACUCAAUAUUUAAACAUUAUGAUCAAGUUGAGAGGUAUCUUGAAAUAAACACACUACCAAGAGGAGUAAUUAGAAAUGAAGAAUCACCAGUAAGAACAAGUUCUAAUUUGGGUGGACCCAUUUUCCCAAGGUCCAUUUCCAACCUUGAAAGAAUUUCAUCUAGAAAGAACUCAGCAGAGCGACCACAUUCAACCAUGUCAAAUACUUCAGAAUCCUCUGACAAGAGAUCAUUUAGCUUACCACGACCUAUUUCUUCUUUGUCACAAAGAUCUGACUCUUCAUUCAUUAUUGAUCAUGUUGAAUACAGAAACUAUGUUUAUGAAAUGGUUCACUCAACACCUAAAAAUGAAAGAUUUUGUAAGCUUCAAUCUUAUUUUAGCACUCUUGAUAGAGUUAUAAAGCUAGAAAGUGUUGCCAGCAAAAUGGAGAUUCACAAGCUUAAGAGUGAAGACAUUGUGGAUUUUGAUACAUGGAGAACAAUGAGAAAGAAGGAGAAGGCCAAAGAUGAGUUGGAUUAUCUACUUACUGACCUGAAAAGGGCACAAAAGGAGAGAGAGUUUAACUUUAGACCAAAGGAGGUUGAACACUUUAAAUGGAAAGGGGACAGUCGCCUCAGGGUGCGGGAUAGAUCAAUUGAAGACUUAAAGAGCAUAUUUAACAAAAAAGGAGCUAGUGGAGAAUUAGAUUUUACAAAGUCUUUGCCAAAGAACUUUGCCAAGCAAGGAGGAUGGUUGGAGAAACAGGAGGCUAGAAGUAAAAUCAAGGAGCCUGAUGCAUUUUCUACUUACCCAAAUUCUAGAAAUAUUCAGUCUCCUUACUCCUUCUUAAAUACACAAAGAUCCAGAAGUUCUCUAUCUAAUGAUCAGGUUUCAUCGUUGAAGAAUCAGUUAAAUGAUAUCCUGAGCAACAGACCUACCAGUGCUGCUUCAUCUCAAUCAUCUCGCUCUCCUUCUAGACAUGAGUUCACUAUUGAAGUUAAUGAAAAGGCAAAGCCGUUGGAAAAUCUUUUUGUACGGCCUGUACCAGAAAUGGUGAGAAAGAGUUUAGAAGAAGCUGAAAGAAAUCUUGAAACCUAUUCGAAGGAAAGAUCAAGAUCCAAGGAAGAUGAGGAGCGUCUCAAAAUUUCCAAGACUAUCAAUGAUGAGCUUAUGAAACGUGUAAAUUUCAAGGAAGAAUGUACUCAGAAGAAAGUGAAUUUUAACACAAAGGACAACAAGGUUCCUCUUGUCUUUCAAAGAAAUACGCCAAAAAGAGACACUUCCCCAAGGGUGUGUUACUCAUUAGAGACUGAGCAAAAUGAAGAUAAAAAAAUGGAGCACAAUGAAAGUAGUGAUUUCCUACUUGUUCUUUCUGACAAUGAAACCAGAAACCCGCAGGUCACAGAAAUCAUAGACAAAUGGGCCAGUGCAGAUUCAGAGGAGGAACACAAAAGGAUGGAUGGGAAAAUGAAGAAGAAAAGUCGACUGUUGGGUGGAUUUAGUUCUCAGAGUUCAGACAGUAUAAGCUCAGGUACUUCAAUGCACACUGUCAUAUAUCAACCUCCCAUAGAGAAACUUGAUAUAAAGACCAUUGAAGAAGUAGAGAUACCAGACAAUAUUCAUGAGAAAAGUUUUGAAGAAAUCAGAAAGAGUUUUGAGAAUGUUGAGUAUGUUGCUUUGCCUGAACCAAUCUCUUUGGUCAAAGAAGAUCAUAACAUUCCAGUGAACAAGGUAAGAGAGACCAAGAAAUCCUUUGAAAUUAUGCCAGAUGACAAGGACACCUUAGAUGAAACAGGACCAACAAAACCUCCUAGAACUCCAGUUAGGUCAUCAUCUUUUCACAAAGCUAUUGGUAGAGCAAGACAGAAUCAACCCCCACCCCAAGUGACUCUUGAUAAGGAUAGCCCUCAAAGUAAAUCUGCCUCCAGUAUCCCAGAGAUACUGCAAGAUGAAGGUUACUCAACUUUCCCUAAUUCUCCCCGCAAACCUAACCGCAAUGUUACAUAUCUAGAGAAGAGUUACAUCCCAGAAAAAUCAAUUUCAAAUGUGGAUUUGACCGACACAGAAAAUAACAGCCUUGAUGAAACUUUCGGAAAAAUGCAUGAAAAGGUGCACUCAUUGGGAGAAAGCACAGAUGGAAAGCUGUUCAUAUUUAGUAGAAACAGUGCCUACAGCUAUAAACCAUCUGACCCAUCCAAAUAUUCCAGGGCCUACCUUCGUGUUGCCAAGACUGGAGAUGUUAGAGAUAAGAGAAUGCAAUUUGAAAGAUGUAAUGGUAACAUCGUAAAGAGUUUACCUGCCGUAAAUCCUGACUUUAUUAAAAAACAUGCCACAGACUCCUCAAAGGUUGUCAUUAAGAAUCAGGAAGUAGCCAAUUUAAACCAAAUCAAAUCAAGAUUAGAGAAGUGUGCCAACAAAUCAGAUGACAUUGUGGAUUAUUGUGGUGCCAUGCUGAAUAAGAAUAAGAUCAAGAAUCUCUGCAAGAAAAUGGGGCACAGUAAAAUACUGUCUAAAAUGUCGUCUUUGCAAAAGAAUGGAAAGCUGGAGGAUGAUGGCUUCAAUAAGCUUAACUUUAAAUCAAAAGUUGAAAAUGACUAUUUUAAGAAGUAUCAUAGUGGAGAUAUAAACAUGAAGAAAUCAAUAUUUGAAGGAUCCCUACAGAAUACUCAGAUGGAAGAAAAAGAAGCUCCAAGCUUUAGAUGGUCUCAGAGAUUUGAAAAAGAUAUGCCCAACCCUGGCAAUUCAUAUACAAAUGCUCAGAAGCAAAAUCAAUUCCGUAGCUACUAUGGUUAUCAUGCCGGUGAUGCUCCACAUAUACCCAACAGAACUGAUAGUCAUGUAUCUUCAAGGCCUGGAAGCUAUUCAAGCAUGGGUAGAAGGGACAAUCAGAGAUGGGGAGAUAUGAGAGAACAUGAAACAGAAGAAGAUGUAAAGCGGAGACAACAACAACAACUAAACCAGUUUUACAGUACACUUUCAUUACAGAAGGAAAAUGAGCUAAAACGGGAUCAGGAAAACAGAAAACAUCAUGAUACGCUUCUACCAAGCCAGAAAUCUCCUGUUCCUUUAAACAGAUAUGAGGAUCAGGAUGUGAAUGGUAACCAGGCAGUUUACUUGAAUGCAGGACGUAAACCUGAAGAUUGUAAGAUGGUGGGCAGAGCUCUUUAUUCAUUCCAGGCCCAGCAUCAUAGAGAAUUGAGCUUCAAAAAGGGAGAUAUUAUUUACAUUAAAAAACAGGUGGAUGGAAAUUGGUAUGAAGGAGAAAGGAACGGAAUGGUUGGAAUAUUUCCAACUACGUAUGUAAAUAUUCUUCCUUCAGAGUCUACCGUCAGUGAAGAAAUAACCCGAAGCCUGGUUCGUAAAGAGAAGAGUAUGGAAGGAGAGUUGGGGAGAGCAAAGUUUAAUUUUGCUGCACAAACCCCUAUGGAGCUCUCGUUGAUCAAAGGAGAGCUGCUAACGAUAACGCGUCGGAUAGAUAAAAACUGGUUUGAAGGAAGGAUCGGAAGCAGAAAAGGAAUAUUCCCUGUUUCUUAUGUUGAAGUUGAGAAUGAAGAGAAUAUUAAGCCUGCUGGAACCCCUGCUGCCCAUUCUAUUCUGAAAACUGGAAUCCAACCUUCCUCUUCUUAUAUACCUAAUAAUAUGGACUUAUCCAGAUCUAUUGGAACGAUGUCCCCCUACUCAACCCUAUCCCGUCCUACCUCCUCUCUCUCUGGUCACCAGGAUAAACCUCAACCACAACCGUUCAGAGCUAUGUACAAUUACAAACCACAGAAUGAAGAUGAAGUUGAGUUAUUUGAAGGCGAUGUUGUUUUCGUAAUGGAGAAAUGUGACGAUGGUUGGUUUGUGGGAACAUCACAACGGACUGGGAUAUUUGGAACCUUCCCGGGCAAUUAUGUUACACAAGUUUAAUUUAAUAACCAAUCAGAAUACUGCUUUCUAAUAAGCUUAGCAGAAAACUGGUCUAUGAUUUGCUGAUUAGUAUACUUGUCUCUGAUUAACUUACUAGAAUACUGGUCUCUGAUUGGUUGACCAGAAUACUGGUCUCUGAUUGGCAGAUUAGAAUACUGGUCUCUGAUUGGCUGACUUGAAUACUAUUUGCUGAUUGGCUAACUAGAAUAUUGUUUAAUGAUUGGCUGACUAGAAUACUGGGCUCUAAUUGGUUAACUUAGAAUACUGGUCUCAGAUUGGCUGAUUAAAAUAUUGGUCUCUGAUUGGCUCACUAGAACACUGUUUUCUGAUUGGCUGACUAGAAUACUGUUUUCUGGUUGGCUGGUUAGAAUACUGGGCUCUAAUUGAUUAACUAGAAUACUGGUCUCAGAUUGGCUAAGUAGAAUACUGGUCUCUGACUGGCUGACUAGAAACCUUUUUUUCUGAUUGGCUUACUAGAAUACUGUUUUCUGAUUGGUUUGCUGGAAAACCAUUCAAAAUACCAAAAACGACUUUUUGCCACACAAAUAAUGAAAACUCAGAGCAAUUAAUUAUAGUCUAAUUUAUGUCCACCUUCCACUAACGAUAACCUCUGCAAAAACUGUGCACUAACAUUAAAAACGAAUUAUGGUGACUAAAUAUAUGGUAUUCUGUAAAUUUAUAUGCAUACACUGAAAUAUUCUUAUAUGUACUCUAUGAACUUUGCCAAAAUAAUAUGUAAACAUAUCAACUUUUUUUAUUCUCAACAUGCUUUUUAACAAUAAUUACUGGUUAAAUAUGUUUCCAUCACAAUUUACAAAUCACAACAAAUGUUUAACAAUUUUGUUUUUCACAGCUUUUUGGACACAUUGAAACGACAUCACAUUUAUUUAUUUAUUUACAGAAAUCGAUUUGAAAAGCCAAGUAAAAUUCAACUAUUUAAUGAACUUGAAAUCCCCCAAAACAUAUUUUUAUCACCAUGUCACUAAAAACUGUACUGUAUUCUUAUUUAAUCAGUUAACACCAACCACCACCAUUAAAAAUAUACAAAAAAGAUCUUGUUAAAAAUAUUUGAAAAAAUUAAGUUUUGAAUAAACGUUAUUUGCACCAA